AUGGAUGCUAUUCGUAGUCGCCAUGAUGACGCGCUGAAGGAAAUCGAGCGCACGCUCCACGCGUCCAUCAUCAAUCGCCACGGUCGCACCGAGCUUCGUGUAAACCAGACGGUCCCGGGUCUCCCUGGUCCGGCUUUGCGGCCGGACCUCCAGCUUUACAACCACGACAAGCGGAGGGUUGCGGUCAUCGAUCAGGCGAUUGCGUUCGACCAGCAAGAUCGAGACGAUCCCACUAGUUCAGGAUUGGCCAAGGCAAGCGCAGAAAAUGCAACCAAGUAUGCCAGCGUGCUUCGCCACCGCGAGAGUCAAGGAUGGACGGUCCAUCUCUCGGCCCUCGUCUAUGGCUCGUUGGGAUCGAUGGCGCCCGGAAACUACAAGAUCUACAUGGGUCAUCAGGGCUUGCUCAAGCGCGAGGCGAAGCGGCUGGACCAGCAGCUUUCGGCAGCAUGCAUUCAGUCCAGCUGCCGCAUCUGGAGCCUGCACUGCGCCAAGCACCGAGCACGACAGCAUCAAGAUCAAGCGCCAUGUCAGACGAGGGGCAGGCGGGUGACGGAGACCGGGGGACUCCGUCGCACAGCAGCCGCCGCUAGACGGAAUUGUUCUAGCUUUCGUUGGCCUAAUAGGCCCCACCCAUCUAGGAAAUCGCCCUGGGGAAACUCAAUCUGGUGUUCGGCUGUCUCAUGCAUCUGCAUUUGA